AUGACGACCGGCGACUGCUGCCACCUGCCCGGCUCGCUGUGCGACUGCCCGGGCGGCACCGCCCUGGCCAAGGCGGUGGAGGAGGCGGAGCGGGGCCGGCCGCACUACGUCACGCAGGUCAGCACCAAGGACGGGCGGCUGCUCUCCACCGUCAUCAAGGCGCUGGGAGCGCAGAGUGAUGGUCCCAUCUGCAGAAUCUGUCACGAAGGUGGAGGUGGGGAGGGUCUGCUCUCCCCCUGCGACUGCACAGGAACCUUGGGCACCGUGCACAAGAGCUGCCUGGAAAAAUGGUUGUCCUCCUCCAACACAAGUUACUGUGAGCUCUGCCACACAGAAUUUGUUGUAGAGAGAAGACCAAGACCUUUGACAGAGUGGCUGAAGGACCCGGGGCCGCGCAGCGAGAAGCGGACCCUGUUCUGCGACAUGGUUUGCUUCCUCUUCAUCACUCCCUUGGCUGCCAUUUCGGGCUGGCUCUGCCUGCGGGGGGCGCAGGACCACCUGCAGUUCAACAGCCGGCUGGAGGCCAUCGGCCUCAUCGCCCUCACCAUUGCACUUUUCACCAUCUACGUCCUCUGGACGCUGGUGUCGUUCCGCUACCACUGCCAGCUGUACUCCGAGUGGCGCAGGACCAACCAGAAGGUGCGGCUGAUGCUCCCGGCGUCGCGGAGCCCCCACCCCGUGCCCCACUCCCUCCUCUCUGCCAAGCUCAUGAAGAAGGCUGCAGAUGAAACCAGCGUCUGA